AUGAAUACAUGUUCUUGUCGCUCAUUCGCUCAUCGACGCUGUUUGAAGCAAGAGCCCUUGUCCAGUCGCCUCGCCUCCAGCCUGUUUAGAUCCUACUACGAGUGCAAAGGAAUUCCCUGCAGUGCUCUUAGACAUCUGGCAAGCAUGGCACUACAAGGGGCUCAUCUGAAGGUGGCGGCGGAGGUGUGGGUGCCGUGGGUCAUGCUGAAGGAGUCACCAGAUGGCACUGGACUGCACGCCUCAGGGAUCCUCGUCGAUUUGAUGAAGAUUCUCGCAUCCAGACUCAAUUUUACGUACAGCGUGUUGCGUCCUGUCGACGGUGAGUGGGGCCGCUUCCUACCCAACGGCUCAGCCACGGGGAUGAUCGGUAUGAACCAGAGACAGGAGGUGGACAUGGCGCUGGGUCCGUUCAGUGUCACGUACGAUCGAUCUAAAGUUGUGGAUUACGCCAGGACUAUUCACAUUGAUAGUUUCGGUAUCUUUCUCCCGCGGCCACGCCUCGAGAAGGACUUGGCCGGCUUCACCAAACCCUUUGCGUGGCAGGUGUGGGUGGUGCUCGGAGCGGCGAUAGCGCUGAGCAUGGGCUUGUCCAUCCUCUUCAACUGGGUCGGUCGUGGGUGGAUUCUUUCUAGAGCUGGAGAAUACAUUGCUGAUCCCAUUUGGGUGAUCAAAUCGCUUCUGGUAGAAACGAUUGUCAGCAUGCCCGAGAUGCUGACGGGGCGGGUGCUGCUCGGGGCGUGGCUGGUAUCGGCUCUCAUCGUGCAGUCGGCGUACCAGGGCGUGCUGACCUCUAUGCUGGCCGUGCCUUGGGUCACCGUACCCGUAGAUUCCCUAGAGGACCUGGUCAGCCAGACUCGCAUUCCUUAUUCCUUCGAGUCUGGCACGCAUCUACACAAUAUGUUUCAAAAAGCCGAAUCCGGACUAUUCAAAAUCGUAAACGAAAACGGCUUCCAAGUUGUGAGUCUCUUUGAAGAGCGAGAGCGAAUGAAGGAGCAACGAUUCGCUUUAAUUUGUGACUUUUUUUCCAUGAAGAAAGUAAUGAGUGACGACUUCAGCAAGACUGCCAAGUGCAACUAUUACAUCGCCAAGGAGCCCAUAUGGAUCAACUCGCUGUCCUUCACCUUCCCCAAGAAAAGCCACGUCCUCCCGCUCAUAAACAAGUGGUUGGUGAGAUUAUUGGAGUCUGGGAUGGUGAACCGUUGGAUCCACGAGUACUCCUUCAACGCCACGGCCUGCCUCCUGCCGCCGGGGAAGGAGAACGGCAUCACCACGAAGGUCCUCACCAUGGAAGACCUGAGCGGCAUCUUCCUCAUUCUGGUGACAGGGCUGGCGAUGGCGACGGUCGUGUUUGCUCUGGAGAAACUGAUCGAAAUGCUGUACGUUAGUUAAGGAUCACACGGCGGCCUGAUAAGACAUUGCAAUGGAUUCCUACCUCUCACUAUUCGUCACCAAGGAUGCUGGAAGGUGCAGGGUAGAAUAUAAUGCAUGUAUUUCCACUAGUUCCUAAAUGACAGCUAAUGAUGUUUUAUUUGGUAAGUCGCGAUAUUUGUAAUCGACUUUCUUCCAAGUAAUCAAAUAAUUACAUGCAUGCUU